AUGGAUAGCGACAAGAUCGAGCCGUAUGGAAACUGGAACGGUCACUUUACGUGGCACGGGAAGUUCAUGCGGGAAUAUGUAAAGCUAGUCACUCGAAAGUACGACAAGCAUGACCCCCGAACUUGGCCUCUGAUACAUAGGAGUGCUUCAACCGAGACUGGGUUCAACUACGGAAACAGCAAGUUCAUCCCAGAAUAUAUGGUCUACGACCAGACGCUCAUGGAAAGAAUGGACAAGUGUGAUAUUCUCCGGAUUGCACGAAACAGGACCACAACAGGGCAAAAGAAUGUCGCGAGACUCUUCUGUUACUACCCUUUCAACUACGAUCGUCACGGUGAACUCCGAAAAUAUCCGCAUAUACCUUCUGAAGAGCUCGAGGAGUGGAUGAGCAGAACGACCCGCCCGGUACCGACUACACAUGAGAAGGCAGACACCGAGAACGCGCUUUCCAACGAAGACGCCACAGAAGACAGCUCAUCGAAAACAGCCAUUCAUGAGAUCAUGAAGAUGCUCGACGAUACAGAUACAGCGACUGCCACCAGAGUGACUGAGCUGGAAGAAGAGCUCGACAAGACCAGGAAGGAGAUCUUGGUGGCAAACAUCAGAGCUGAUAGCGCUGAAAAAAGAUCUACUCUGCUUCAAGCGACUCUCAAUGGAUUAGCCUCAAAGGUCGCGCAGUUGAUGGAUGAGCACGAAAAAGAGACGCGCAAGCUCCUCUUGCAAGAACAGACCAACCUUAGCAAUGCAAAGGCAUUGUUGGCUACGGUAACAUCCAAAUACGAGGAAACGAGAGCAAGAGCUGAGAUUGCCGACAAAGAGAUCAAAGAGCUCGAGGAAAGUCUGGUUAGACAUGAAGAGAACCAUAAGAACAGUAGAGAAGAGGUCAAAAGACUCAAGGAUAAAGUCAAACAGAGCAACCAAGAUACUGUGACAGCACAGCAACAAACAGUGGCGGCGAAGCAGGAAACGAUGGUGGAAAAGCAGCAAAUUUUCAAGAUUUUGGAAGAGAUGAAGAAGAAAAAACAGGGCACAGGUUUGCAAAAGAAGAAAGCGGAGGGCGAUAUCGCAGAUCCACCGCGGAAGAAGCCAAAGGUCGAGGUUUAA